AAUUGUAGCACUUGUAGUAUCGUCUUUUCCCAGAAUAUCCUUAUUUUUGUUGCUGCAUGUUUCUUUUUGUCUUAACAUUUUUCACAUACCAAAUCAGUGCAUCCUUGUUACACUGCAUUUGGCUGCAUCUGAUAUGGUGUCAAUCGUUGCGAGUCACUCGAUCAGCUGACUAGGCCCACUCAGGACAGGACGAUUGUAAGAUCUGAACGAAUAUUUGAUAUUUAAUGUGUGUAGCUAGAGUGAGAGGAAUAUUGAUAUUUAAGUACAAAAGUGCAUUCAUCCAUCUAAAUGACUGCAAGGCCACAAGGAGGUAUAAGUUGCAAGAAGAUAUCUGGCUGGGUACCUUGGCGCCAUAUGCGAUGCUGGCAUAAGAAAUCAAAGCAUCCUUUUCGCCUUUCGCGCAAUUUUCAUCACUUUCCUCUGAGUUGCUUGCCAUUUCCACUUGUUCGCACCUAUUCGGUGGUGUUUCUCUUUCAUUUCCGCUCAUUGCUGUUGCACUCGUCGCUCCAUUGCAGAUCUUGAGUAUUUGAGUGUAUUUCGGUAUACUGCUCUCUUCAGAGACCUACCACUUUUUUUAUUGCCGGCGAAUUGUUAUUGUAACCUUGUCGUUCUUUGUUUUCGCGCUCUUCUUCUCGUUUAAGAAGCAUUACAUUGUUGGUGCACUAGUAGCAGCGGUGCAUUUCCCCCUCUUCGGUGAGCAGCGAAAUUGAGUGGUUAAUGUAGAAUAGAGCGCGCGUAAAAUUUGGUAUAAAAGCGGCCACGGAGUGCUGAGCGAGUUAGUUCGAGUUUUUGCUUUGUGGUUUUCGUGUAAAUUCACAAGUUCGCUUAGUGCGCUUGGCCGUCCGCCUGAUCACAAAAAUAAAUAAAUAUACAUCGGUUGAUCAUUUCUACUAGUGGUUUUAUAUACAUAACAAAAAGAACAAAUGCAAGAAUAUUUGGAAAACAAGAGCAAUAAACAACAAAAACGAUACGGGACUAAAAGCAAUAUUGGAUUAAAUAUUAAUCGAAAAAUGCUAGAAAGUAUAUGUGUGUUAUCAAUAAGUACUUAAAAGUGAACUAUUUCGAAUAGAAAAAAGUUAAGACAAAAGUGACGGACAUUUUUUUUUGUUAACAAAAAGGUACCAAGAAUUUGAAUUCUUUUUACUAAAGAAGUGCAAAAAUUAUAAAACCCAUUGGCCGGAAUAAAAGACUGCAAUAAAAAGCUAAGCGAGGAAAUCAGCGAAGCCAAGUAAAAUAAAGAAAAUGCAGCAACAAUUUUAAAAUUCUAACGCAAAAAUCGACAACUCUAAAUGUGAGUGAAGCAGCUUAAGCUUAACGAAGGAGCUUAAAGCAAAUAAGUUCAGCUACCGGACAAGAAGUUGUAUAAAAGCAAUUUUCUCGAGCUCUAUACCUUUAAGCAAUAAGUAGAAUUAACGCCCGACAUUAAGGUGUCGAAAAUUUUAGAAACUUAAUUAAGUACAAACUCAUCAGAAAACAACGCUACAAAAUGUUUUGGGAUACAAUUUCCGAAGAAACCAAUGGAGAUAUCGGCAUGGAAUAUUCAAGUUGUCAAAUGCCGCAAGAUUUAAAUACACUCGCAGCCGCUGUCAGUGCCAGCAGCCCCAGCGCUGGCCGUCAAUGCCACCAACUCAACGCAUUGAAUCGAUCUUUGAAGGACAUGGCUGUCGAUAAUGGUAUGUCUUUUUAUGAGGACGACGAAAAUCUACAUAUCUUGCGUUCAAAUUCGGUGGAAAUGCCGCGUUUGCUGUCACCGGAGGGAUCGCCAUGCCGUUUCCAAAUUUUGCCCAAACAAAAAAGUCCUGAUGCCCAUAACAACAGUGAUUUGCAGCGACCUCUGCGUCAAUCGUACACAUCACGCCUACAGAAGCUACAACACAACAGCGCUCAGAGCAGCAGUACAACAGCAAGAACACAGCAGACCACAUCACCAAGAAACUUGCGUAUUUUUCACAGCCUCUCAUCCGGUUCGAUGUGCUCAUCGUCGAUGGAUGAUGAAUACAUGGAUCUCUUCGAAAUGGAAUCUUUUGAGAACUCAAUUAUGCCAGCAAAUACCGCCAUGCCGAAAGUGCCAAGUCAUCUGGAUUCAUUGUUUGUCGGUCAAAUAAAAAAUAUAAAUUCACCCGCCCAUCGUCCACUUCAGCAGCCAAAUUUUAUGGAUGAAAUGAGAACACCUGAGAUGCGUCGCCCACCAGUGCGUCGUUGCUUGAGCAUGACUGAUAACUGCCUGCCAUCGCCCAGAACACCGGAGACGGUGCUCAAGCAAGUGCAAGAAGUAGCUGUCAGUCCGUAUGGGCUCAAAUUGCUGACAACGGAACGUAAUAAUAGUAACAUUAACUAUUGCUUCAAGCGUCCCGAUCCGCCAUCUAUGAAUAAUUCACCUUUGCAAAUCAAACGUUAUCGCAUUGAGGCUGAAAAGGAGAAUCUUAAUGACUCUUUAACCGCUCUCUUACCAACACUGCCCGCGCCACAACCCAAACCAAGUCAUCCACCGCCAUUGCGCAAGUGCAUGUCGAUGAAUGAUGCCGAAAUAAUGUCGGCGCUAGCACGUUCCGAGGACAAAGAUGAGCCUGUGCUCAUCGGUGAUUUCAGCAAGCCAUAUGUGCUGCCAUUGAUGGAAGGACGUCAUCGUGAUCUGAAAUCAAUCUCUUGCGAGACAAUGGCACGUUUGCUACGUGGCGAUUUUAAUGAUGUUGUCGCCAACUAUCGCAUCAUUGACUGUCGCUAUCCAUACGAAUACGAGGGCGGACACAUACGCGGCGCUCAAAAUCUAUACACACAUGAGCAGAUACUCGAAGAAUUCAAAACGCAACAAAAGACUGAAAUGGAUCAAUGCAAUGCAGCAACUGAUAACCGACGCAACAUACUCAUUUUCCAUUGUGAAUUUUCUUCAGAGCGCGGACCAAAAUUAUCACGAUUUUUACGCAGCACCGACCGUGAACGCAACACCAAUUGCUAUCCCUCGCUCGACUAUCCCGAAAUCUAUUUGCUGCAUAACGGCUACAAAGAAUUCUUUGAAAAUCAUUCAGAGCUCUGUGAUCCCAUUGACUACCGGCCAAUGUUGGAACCUGCAUACAAUAGCGCAUACCGUCACUUUCGCGCCAAGACAAAGUCAUGGACGGGCGAUAAUGGUUUGGGCGGUACAACAGGACGUCUAAAGAAGUCCCGUUCACGGCUAAUGCUGUAAGUGCUGUGUGUUGUGGUACGUUACAGCAGUAGCUUAAGCAGAAAUUGGAAUGUAGAAGAAGCACUUGAGUCAGAUACCGACAAUACAUUGGUUAAAAACCAAACGCAUUGUUGUAAAUUGGUCGCCGCAUCGUCUGUUACUGCGCAGCAAGUGGACGUGACAGCGCGAGUGUGACGUGAGAAGAAUAGGGUUGGGAGAGCAGGAAAAAUUCAUGAAAGCAGUACAAAUUUAAAAGAAUAGAAAAAACAAGCCCAGCUUUAACUAACGCGAAUCCAAAAUAUGAAAGUUCAAAUUUAGUAAUCCACUAUAUUUGAGAUUGGCACCCCAGCGCCAAUUCGCAUUAGGAUUUAGGCGCAGUAGCAUAUAUAUAUAUAUAUAUACACACACACACGCACACUUCAUAUUACACGAAUGCAAUUACUUGCAAUUGUCAACAUAUUCACCACACCUACUCCUACAUAUGUAAACAUAUCACCAUAUCACCACAGUCCAAUCAUUCAUACACCUUGUUGUUGUUGAAACUUUUAUUCGAUGUUUUAAGUCCAAUUCGGAUUUUAUUUUUAUAGAAAUAUUUUUUAAAGUAUUGAAAUGAAUUGAAAAAAAAAAAUAAUAAUAAUAUUUCACCAAACUACACGUGUGUGCAUCAUCGACUGCACGCCAGUGUUCAUGCGUGAGUGUGCGUGUAUGUGCGUACAUAAUGUACAUAUACAUAUAUGUAUGUGAAUAAGUACAAUAUUUAAGAGAAUGAAAGACACGAUUUUCUCAAGUCUAAGUCACCGGGCGAAGAGCACCUUAGCAAUGCAGAUUUAAAUGCAGUCCAGUGCGUGCAUGUGUGCACGUGUGCACGAGUUUGCGUUUGUGCCACCAAUAUGUAAAUAUGUCUUAAAAGUAUGUCUGUUUGUAUGGUAUAAAAAAAGGUUUGCGAGAAAACUUAAAAAAAAAGUUUAUAUAUAUAUAUAUUUAAUUUAUUUGCUAUGAUAGCUUUAGUUAGCAUAAUUUAAUAAUUUAAUUGCUGUUGAAUGUUUGGAGUGGCGGCGCAAACAAACACACAUACGCACACGAGCACGUACGCAGACAGUUAUGUAUAUAAAAGCAUGCUCACGCA